UGUUCAUCUGAGAUAAUUUAUCAAAGUAUAAUUAUGCUCAACUGCUGUGAUGGUUGAAUAUAUUUAAAAACAUAAUUAACAGGAGUGGAGGGGGAUUUACGAGAUUCGUCAGAAUGGUUUCGUUGAAACUGAUUUUAAGCAUAAAUCCAGGUUAUGUUGCGUAAAAUAUAUAAGUUGGUAAUAGAAACAGUGCCUAAAUAUCACUUCACGUGAAAACUGUGUAUAAAAUCAUUGACAGAUACAGGCGCCUCUGUCUGUAUAAUUAAGAAGCUCUUGCACGGGUCGAUUUUUCAUACAUCAACAGAUCCUUAUAGUACUGUCAGUCGUGUUUAGUCCUGACAGCUGUUGAAGAAGUAUAAAUUAGUAAAAAUGUCGUUUGCUGAAAAAAUAACAUCAAUUAUGCAAACACCAGGACGAGAUCCUGUUGCCAAGGAUGAUGUGCCUUUGUGGAUGAAGUAUGCUGGUCGAGGACUCGGCACUGUAGGCAGUUUAAUUGCAAUUUUUCUUGGAGCAUGGAAUUGUGCGUCAAUAUUAUUGGGUUCUAUAGAUUGUUUGAUUAGUGGUAUGUGGCAAAUGGUGGCUGGUUUUGUAGUAGUAAUGAUAGAAGCCCCAUGUUGUUGUUUAUUUAUUGAUUUUGUACAAAACUUAAGUGACUGGGUAGAAAAGAGACCAUAUUGGAAUAGAGCAGCAGCAUAUUGUUUAAUAGCACUUCCACCGGUCUUUCUAUGUCUAGGGAUGAGUAGUAUUUUUGGCAGUGGUCUAAUAUUUGCAACAGGUGUAAUAUAUGGAUUAAUGUCUCUCGGACGAAAGGCACCUCUUCCUGAAAUGAGAUCAGCAGCGACAAACAUCGAGGUUCCUUCAUCGAGCAUGCAAGCCACACUUGUUGGAAAUGUUCAACCAAUAAGUUUUACUAAUAGACCAGAUAGUAAUGUUUGAUUUUUAUAACAGUAAUUGGCAAAAGUUCAUUACUUUGUAUGAAUGAUAAUGAAUGUUGUUUUGAUAAAAUAAUCAGUUGCCAAAUCCAUGAAUAUUUAUUGCGUUAUUAAAACAGUUGUAUUUACCUUAUAACGAUAUUUGAAAAUCCUUAAAUAUUUUUCCUCGUAUCAAUUAUUUGUAUCAUUUGUAUUAAAUUUUAAAUGAAUUUUUAAAUCAUGUUCUUUUUUUAUUACAUAAUUUUCAAUUUAAUAAGUUAAUAUAAAUUAUACGUACUUCCAGUAAACGUAGCCGCUAUAGGCAUAGACGUAUGAACGAUUAUCCGAGAAUGUAGUAAUUAUAUUGAUCACUUAUUUAAGAUAACACCAAAGUCAAAGACUGCCAUAAAAAUGAAUAUUCGGAAUUAUAUUCAUGGGCUUGGUUUCAUGAUUUUAUCUAUUUAUUGUGUCAUAGUAAUUUAAUAAUGAAAUUUAUGAUGGGAAAACUAUUCUUAUAUUAAUUGAUUUUGGAUAUAUUGUUUACUUAAAUUUUACAUCUUAUGUAAAUGAGUUAUGAUAUUUUAAGUCAAAAUAACACUUCCAAAAUCAAAAUCCAAGACUUUCACAUAGAUCAUUCAUAGUGAUAGAGGAUGGAAGAGUCAUAAUAGCUUUAUCUUUAUUAAUGUGGAUGCAUAUUUGCAAUAAUAUAUGCCAUCUGCAUAAUGUAUAGGGCAAGUCAUAUAAUUAGUUAAGAUGAAUCAUAGCUUCCUUUUGUUUAAAAUAUAAAAAAAACUAGAAAAAAAUACUUGAAGAAAAAGUUAGGCAGUGUAAUAAGGUUUAUUUUGUUUUGACCUCAUUUUCUUUUUAAAUAUGAUACUUUACAUAGUUUCAUACUUUCGUGAUGAAAGUAAAUAAAUAUGUUAUGACAUAUUUCAAAUUUUUUGAAUUUAAUUUUUCAGAUUUGUCAC